UUUGCAAUGUUUUGUUGAUUAUUGAUGAGAAUUUUAAUGAAUAUUGACAGUUGUUUUUGGCACGAAUUCGGUGCAUGUUGUUUAAGUUAGAGAAAGUAUGCUGGAUGAUUGCUUAUUAUGUAAACUUUUUAUAUUUUUGCCUCAAAAUAUUAGUCUAGAUUUCUUUAAAUGCCAAAUCAAAUUCUGCUUUGACAAUUAAGAAAACCUUCCAGAAAAGCUAUGUUGACUAUUUUUAAAUUUCAAGAAUGAUAACUGAUUCACCAGUUCAUUUGGUUAAAGCUGUUUACAACUAUAAAGCAAGUAAUAAUGAUGAGCUUUGUUUAAAGAAAGGUGAUGUAAUCACUGUGACCCAAGCCCUUGAAGGUGGCUGGUGGGAGGGCACCUUGAAUGGGGUCACAGGAUGGUUCCCUAGCAACUAUGUAAAGGAGCUCAAAACAGAAACUCUGAAGCCUGAAAGAAACAAUGCCCAGCCAUCUUCUGAAGUGCCUUUGUCUCCAAAUUUAAAUGAUGUUAAAAUGUAUCGUGGAAUUGUCUUUCAAGAUAUUGUUGAUACUGAAAACAAUCAUUUAUCUGAAUUACAGACUUUAAUUUCCAACUACCUUAUUCCUUUGAAAGAAUCUAAUAUAUUAAAUGAUAUGGAAUAUUCCUAUUUAGUAAAUAAUCUGGAAGAAGUAUGUAAUUCUAGUAGAGUUUUGCUUCGAAUGUUAGAAGAUGUAAAAGGUUUCCCUUCUGAAGCACAAAGAAUUGGAGGGGAAUUUAUGCGAGUGUCUGUAUAUAUGAAAAAUAUUCAUCUAAAUUAUUCUUCCGGCCAUCCUAAAGCAGCAGCUGUAAUAGAAAAGCACAAAGAUUCUCUGGGUAAAUUCAUGGAGGACCACGGUGCCAAUCCUCCUGGAAUUCUUACUCUCACUACUGGUUUAAGUAAACCUUUCAGAAGAUUAGAAAAGUAUCCUGCUUUGCUUUUAGAACUUCUUAGGCAUACUCCUGAACACCAUGUUGAUCGUGGUGACACUCAACGAGCUGCUUCUUUAUAUCGUGAUAUUGCAAAUACUUGUGCAACUAUUAGAAAGCAAAAAGAAAUGGAACUGGAAAUUAUGGCAGGAAACAUAAAAGGCUGGGAAGGCGAACCAAUACAUACGCUUGGAAAUAUUCUUCACUUAGGAUCUGUAGUGAUUUUAUCUGAUGACCAGCAAAGGAGUAGUCGUUUUUUAGUUGCUUUUCCUGAAACAUUAGUCAUUCUUAGUGCAAAAUUAGGUUCCUUUACAUAUGAGGGAAGAUUGCCAAUGUCUGGCCUCAUAGUUAGAAAAAUGGAUUCUUCUGAAGGGCAUCCAUUUUCUUUUGAAAUUUCUAGUAAUCUCAUCCAACGAUUCACAGUUAUCUGCAGUUCUGCGGAUAGUCUCAAUCAAUGGCUAAACAUAUUCCCUAGCAGUGCCAUUCGGAAUUCAACUGCUAGCCCUCGGCAUGCAACUUUGCCUCGCUCAAGUCCAUCCCAUUCGUCUCAGAUGCGGACAUCCAUUUCUCCGGUCAAUUCUUUACAAGCUCUGCCCACAGGACAAACACAUUCAUCCAGAAGUACCUCACCUGAGGACAAACCAAAUAAUCGCAUUGCUGCUGCAGCACGACAAGUGACAAAGAAAGUGUGGCCCAACUGGAACUUACGACCCCAUCCCCCAAUGAGAGCAAGCUUGACCACCCAAAAUGAAGUUAAGCUUAGGAGGAGUAACAGUUAUAAGAAGGACAAAGACCAUGAAUCAGAUGGAGAUCUCCCUGUGCGUCAAACACUAGAUGUUUUAAAUUCAUUUGACAGGUUAAGAAAUACUAUGCCUUCUGCAACUGCAAGUGCUCCUCCCAGGCUUAACUUUGAAGAAGAUAAAAUUUUCAUUGAUGGUCUAGAGGAUGAUGAUGGAACAGAACCAAAGGAAAAGACUCUUGUUGAUACAGUGUACAUGUUGAAAGAUCAGAUUUUGGAAUUAAAAGAGGAAGUCUCCUCUCUAAACAAAGCUCUUUCAGAAGAAAUCAAGGCAAGGAAAAGGUUGGAAAGUCUAGUUAGGGCACAUCUUCCAAUGCAAGAAAAUCAUAUUUUACCUAGUCUAGAUGGAUAAUAUAUUUAAAAUAGAUUCUCUAGUUUAUCUUACAUUUUAAAGCAAGGAUGCUCAGGGAACAAUAGUAUAAAAAUAUAUUGGUGAAAUAUUUCUCGGAAUAUUACUGUGAUUCAUUCAUUAUCUAGUAUUUUUGAUCUAGUGAAUACAUCUAACAACAUUUAAAAUGAAAAAAAAAAAAAAAAAUAUUUCUACCCUUACUGUAUGAUUUAAUGUAAGUUAUGAUGAGCACUUUUUGCUGCUGUUGUGGAUGUGUUCAGAUAAUAUAUGAGUGUUCUUGUUCUGUAUGAUCAUGUUGUAAAAGUUGCUGAUGAAUGUAUUUUAUGAAAUCAUAAAUUUUAAUCAACCAAUUUUUAAUGAUAUAUUCUUCCUAUGGCAUAUUACACUGUAUAGUUCAGUGCAUAGUGUGAAUUAUCAUCUUCCAAUAUAGCUGUUGAAUUUAGAUGUUUUGUAUAUAAUUGUGUGUUAAAAAGAUUCUAUAGUUAUUAUUCCUAACCAUGGUCAUGACAGUGUUUUGUGUUUAAAUAUUCAGUUAAUAUAAUGCCAUUGAAAUACUACUGUAAUAAUUACUACACACUGAUAUAGUUUCUAUAUAUGCAAUCUGUCCAUUUAAACAAUUGUUCUAGACAUUGCAUCAGUAAAGUAAAGAUUUUUAUUAAUAUAUUUGUCUGCAAUUUUUAAAAUUAUUUAUAGUGUUUAUAAUAUUUGAUGAUUAUGAUCUUCACUUGCCAUUUUUUCUGCAGUGUCGUUAUAUGACAAAUAUGUUGUAUUACAUUUAAAUGCAAUCUUCUCUUAACAGUUAUUUCAUUGCUUUUAACAUCGAUUUAGAAACAUUUUUUCAAGAUACAUUGUACGCCCAAUACUUUAUUUAUAAUUAAAUGAAAAUAAAUUUAUUAAAAUGUGUGCUUCACAUUCACAUAAUUAGAUAAUAUAAUAAAUAUUAAAAUUAACAAAUAAAUGUAGCUUAUAAAUGUAAGCUCUUCUUUUAUAAAGUUGUUUAAAUUUUUUAAAUAGCAGUUUAUAAAAAAUAUUAUUGACUUUAUAUGAAAUAAAAUGUAUGAACAAAAUCUUUUUUAUGCGACAAAAUCAAAUUUUAAUUGCAAAUUUAUUUUUAUUUAUAAGUGCAAUAUUUUUCAAAUGUUAUUUUUGUUCACAUUGUUAAUAAAUAAUUACUUAUUAAUAACUGGAUUGUAAAUUGCAAGGGACUGUAUAUUUUUAAAAAUAUUUGUCACUAAUUGAUAAUGUAAUGACCAUUAUAGAAAAUUAUAAAAAUGAUAUGGUUUUUUAAGUAAAUACCCAAAUUUUUAUCAGCUUAGAAACUCUUAAGAGUUAUUGUAAUUCUUAAAGAUAGAGAUUUAUAUAAUUAAAUAAUGAAGUUUUACCAUCAAAUUUUCAUUUUCAAAGUCAGCAUGUUUAUAAAAUUAUAAAAUAAACUAUGGAAUAUCUGCAGAUUAAUAUUAAAAAAAAAAAAUGUGACCAUGCAAAAGAAUUGCUAAAAAUUUCUUUGUGUAACUAAAUAGUUUUCAGAAAUAAUACUUAUUAGCAUCAAAUAGAUAAUUGAUUAUUUUUAUGUAGGAAUUUAACACAUUUAAGUGAAAAUUUAUUUCGUUAUCAUUCACAUUUAUAAUUAAUAAAAUAGAAUUAAUACAACUCUGUUUGUGUUUCUGUAAUAUGCAAACUUAAAAUAUAAGCUGAGCUUCUUUGUAACUAAACAAAUAAGUUUAUAGCUCAUUUUAUAACAAAGUUGCCAGCUCCAAUUCAUUUAAAGGACUCAUUGUCUCAAUAUAGAGUAAACUUUUACUGAGUAUUUACUUGUAAAAAAAGAGAGAGAAAGUGUUGUAAUUCUCUCUGUAUAUUAUUAUCUUUGUUUUCAGUUAACUUAAUGUAGCAUCAGUUGCAAAUGAUUUUGGUUAAGUUGUAGCCUAUUAAUAUGUUAUGUAAAUUAUGUUUUCCUGUCAAAUUUAGUUUUUACAAAAUGGCAUGCCAAAUAUAUAUAUGUAUUUUUUUAAGUGAAGUGGAAAGUGAAGAAUUGUUCUGAUACUAAAAUACAACCAUGUAUCUAACAAAGAAUAAAGAAGCAUGAUAUAAAAUAUUUUGAUGGUGAACUUUUAACCAAAAUCAUUUGCAACUGAUGCUAUGCUAAAUAAUGUAAUCAAUAUUUUUUUUAUCAAAACAAAACAUAUAGAAAUGCUUUUAAAAAAAUCAUCUGUGACUCAUAUAUUAUAUAUAAAGGGAGAGAAACAGAGAGGCAACAAAGUUUCUAUAUCAAAUUUUGAUAGUAAACUUUGUCUAGAAGAAUUCUUUAAAUCAACAAACAGAAUUGGUAUUUUUCAGUGGCAUUAUAGAACAUUCAUAUUAUUUAGAUUUAAAAAUUGUGUUUUAUUAUUAUUAUUAUUAUUUAUCUUGAAUUACAAAUAUAACUUGGAAAUGUAUAAAUUUAUCUUCUAAGCAGAAUUUCUUAACCAAGCAAAUAAAGUAAUUUUUUUGAAAAAAGUUAAAAAUUAGUGAAUAUUAUUAAUAUUUAAUUAGAUUAAAUUAAAGAUUUUAGUAAUUUUAAUAAUAAUAUUGAUUUCAGUUUAUUUAAUUUUUUGAAGUCAAAUUGAAUAUUUUUAAUGAAUAUUUUAUUUUUGAAAUUAGAGCUAACCUUGAUUACAAUUUUUAUAAUCACUUCAAGUAUUGUCAUAUUUUAGAAAGCUACAUUAUGAACAAAAUAUUUCAGUAUGUUAUUUAUUACUAGUUUUAAAAAUGCCUUUUAAUAAAAUCUAAAACAAAAUACAUAAGCUGUCAUAGUUCCCCUUUCCAAGGAAUAUCCCUUGGGAAUAUUAUGUUGUAUUUGUCUGAGCUCUAAGUGACUGUAUUCAGUUUAUUCUAAUAAAGGAAAAUUUCCUCAUAAGUGAAAUAAGGAAAUUUUUAGGAAAGCACGGGGAAGACUAGAAAAUUAGAAUUUUUUUUAAAAA